AUGAAUAACAUUUUAAAACAUAAGUUAUUCACAUCACCUGAUUACAGUUAUUAAAAAUAGAAAGAGGAAGAUGAAAUAGCUAACCCAAUGGUUGACUCAUUUUUUUCAUAAAAAUCUUAAAUUACCUUGAAAUCAAAUUCUAGUCCAUAAAAAAAUAUUAAACUAAUUCUCAAAAGUGAUAAGAAACUCUAAUUUAUAAAACCAUAAAAUUAUUAAUUAAAAAGAGAAGGUUUAGAUAUCAAAUAAAAAAAACAAAAGAAAUAUUAGCAGUUAGACUACUUGAUUCCUUCAAUUAAAUUAGUUUAAGUAAAAGAGAAACAAAUUGAAUACUGUAAUGGUGAAGAGGUGACAAUAGAUUAAAAGAUUUACUUUAAUAAUAAUAAUCAAAUUAGGAAUAUUUAUUAGAUGACAUAAAUUGGUUAUAAGUUGGAAAUUGAAGAAGAAGAAGAUUAAUAAAAAAUUUUAAUGGAAAACAGCAUUCCUAUUUCUGAGAAAAUGAUAAAAUCACUUAGAGCUAAGAAAUAGUUCUAAAAAGUAAAGAAUAAAAUAUCUAAUAUAAAAUAAGUAUUUGAGAUUUCUAAGGACCUUCCAGAUGAAAUAAAACGAUAGAAAAAAGAUAGAGAAAACUCUAAUCACAUUAAUUAAUUGUUAAAUGAUCCAAAUGUUAAUGUUAAAAGUGAACAUCAAUUAGGAGAGUUAAUUGGUAAAACCAAAGUAGUAACAACUUAUAAAAAUUUAGAAAAUAAUUAAACCUUUCAAUAACCAAAGGAUAUUGUUAUGAAAAAAGAGAAAGUAAAUAUGUUUCUUACAAAAACUUUAAUAAUACAUACAUUUUGUACUCUUGGAGUUCUGCUAUUAAUUUUUAUAUUAGCAUAUGCAAAAACAAUAAAUGGAUAUCAAUUCUAAGAUUAAGAUUAAGAUUUAUGA